AUAUAAUUUAUGAGCGUGCUUUCUACGAUUAUUGGAGUGCCAUAAAUAAAUCUCAUAAGAACGCUCUAUUUCAUCACUGGAUAUCAACCCGAUUAGUCGUUGUUGCUGCUCUCCAUCCUUAGCUUUCCUGCUAGUUUUUUACCGUCGAACAGAUAUGGCAGAAGGUGUGAGUGGAUCCUCGAAGCAUACCGUGACUCCAUAUGAUGAGGCAAUGGAUGCUCUAUCGUCUUUGAUACCCAGACGCACUCGUGCUGACAAGAGCAACAAAGGGGAUCACUUCGAUUUGCUGUUUGAUUAUUUAAAGAUGCUGGAGCUGGAGCAGGCUAUCUCAGAAAUGAAGAUCAUACAUGUAGCGGGCACCAAAGGAAAGGGAUCCACAUGCACCUUCACAGAAUCUAUACUACGUAAUUAUGGCUUCCGCACAGGACUUUUCACAUCUCCUCACCUCAUCGAUGUUCGUGAAAGAUUUCGUUUGGAUGGUAUGGACAUUUGUGAAGAAAAUUUUUUGGCACAUUUCUGGUGGUGUUAUGAUAGAUUGAAGGAAAAAACUAAUGAAGAUAUACCAAUGCCUUCUUACUUCCGUUUUCUUGCCUUGCUUGCCUUCAAGAUAUUUGCUGCAGAGCAGGUAGAUGUUGCUAUUUUGGAGGUUGGGUUAGGUGGAACUUUUGAUCCUACAAAUGUGGUUCAAACACCGGUUGUGUGUGGUAUAUCUUCCCUUGGGUAUGAUCACAUGGAGAUUCUUGGAAAUACUCUUAGAGAAAUUGCUGGGGAAAAGGCUGGCAUCUUUAAGCAUGGGAUUCCAGCAUUCACAGUGCCUCAACCUGAUGAAGCUAUGUGUGUACUUGAAGAGAAGGCUUCUAAGUUAGAUGUACCUCUUCAUGUGGCACCGCCAUUGGAUUCCAACUUGCUGAAUGGUCUAAAACUUGGGCUUGAAGGUGAGCACCAGUUUGUAAAUGCUGGUCUUGCUAUUGCGCUAUCUUCUAAAUGGCUUAAAAGGACUGGUCACCUUGAAGCCACCUACUUGGAGCAAACUAGCUCACUGCCUGAGCAGUUUAUUAAGGGGCUAACAACAGCCUGUCUGCAAGGGCGAGCUCAAAUUGUUCCUGAUCGUUAUAUCGACACUGAGAGCGAUGGAGAUCUUGUGUUUUAUUUGGAUGGAGCUCAUAGUCCUGAAAGCAUGGAAGUAUGUGCAAGAUGGUUCUCUCUUGCCAUUAAAAAUGACAACCAGCAAAACACCUUGAAUCUUCCUUCACAGAACAAUUAUCAAUCCAUGCUUGACUGCAUUGAUAAGCACCAUGACAGAAGAUCUGGGAAAAAUUUCAUGCGGAUACUGUUGUUCAAUUGUAUGUCAGUGCGAGAUCCUCAGUUGCUUCUUCCACAUCUGAUGAAAACCUGUGCUAGUCAUGGUGUCUGCUUCAAGAAGGCGCUCUUUGUACCUAAUGUAUCAGUCUAUUACAAAGUUGGAUCUCAUGCUUUACCCCCAACAGAUCCUCAAGUUGAUUUGUCAUGGCAGUUUACUCUGCAAAAAUUAUGGGAAGACCUUGUCCAGGGUGAUAAAGGAGGGGAGGCCAAUAGAACAGAUGCUGUUUGUGAGGAAGUUAAAGAUGAUACAGGAACUAGUGUUAGGACUUGUGAAAACAGUGCAGUCUUUCCUUCUAUCCCAUUGGCAAUUAAAUGGCUUAGGGACAGCGUCUACAAGAAUCAAUCUGUUAGUUUCCAGGUUCUUGUUACUGGCUCAUUACAUCUUGUGGGUGACGUGCUGAGGUUAGUCAAGUAGUUAGACAUGAUGCCUAGUUGAAGCUGUCCAGUUGCAUGUUCUCCUGCUUGAGAUAUGUGCUGGUAUAGAUGGCAAGCAGUCAAAAGAUUCUGAUCAUUUUCUGUUUUGAGUUCUCUGUUAGUGCUUGCCAAUUGUGCUCCCACAGUAUGCUUUGUUGUUAAACCUGUUGAUUGUUCAUGUUAAUAUACUAGGAGAGUUUGAAAGAUGUAUAAUGUUGCAUUUUGAAUAUGAAUUGGCAGAAAUUUCAAUUUUUUUAUUUU